UCCGGCAAUCUCUGGCCACCCCCAUUGGCCAGGCUGCCCCUCCCACGAGCCCUGGGGCCCCUCCCACCCUCACUCCAGAUGAAGCCAGCCCAGGACUGCUUCAUUGGGCAGUAGGCACUAGGGCUGGAAUGGGGCCGCCCGGCUCCCCAUGGCAGUGGGUGCUGCUGCUGUUGGGGCUGCUGCUCCCUCCUGCCACCCCCUUCUGGCUCCUCAAUGUGCUCUUCCCCCCGCACACUACGCCCAAGGCUGAGCUCAGUAACCACACACGGCCCGUCAUCCUCGUGCCUGGCUGCCUGGGGAAUCAGCUGGAAGCCAAGCUGGAUAAACCUGAUGUGGUGAACUGGAUGUGCUACCGCAAGACAGAGGACUUCUUCACCGUCUGGCUGGAUCUCAAUAUGUUCCUACCCCUUGGGGUAGACUGCUGGAUCGAUAACACCAGGGUUGUCUACAACCGCAGCUCUGGGCGUGUGUCCAACGCCCCCGGUGUACAGAUCCGUGUCCCUGGCUUUGGCAAGACCUACUCUGUUGAGUACCUGGACGACAACAAGCUGGCAGGUGUGUGUAUUGGGGAAAAGAGUGGGACUCUAGGCUGUAGUGGGCCCACAGGAGCCGUGGUCAGAGCCCCCAAUGCUGUUGCCUCCCCCACAGGUUACAUGCACACACUGGUGCAGAAUCUGGUCAACAAUGGGUAUGCGCGGGACGAGACAGUGCGGGCCGCCCCCUAUGACUGGCGGCUGGAACCCAGCCAGCAAGAGGAGUACUUUGGGAAGCUCGCUGGGCUGGUGGAGGAGAUGCAUGCUACUUACGGAAAGCCUGUCUUCCUCAUUGGGCACAGCCUUGGCUGCCUGCACUUGCUCUAUUUCUUGCUGCGCCAGCCCCAGUCCUGGAAGGACCGCUUCAUCGAUGGCUUCAUCUCUCUUGGGGCUCCCUGGGGUGGCUCCAUCAAGCCCAUGCUGGUCUUGGCCUCAGGUGACAACCAGGGCAUCCCUAUCAUGUCCAGCAUCAAGCUGAAAGAGGAGCACCGCAUGACAACAACCUCUCCCUGGAUGUUUCCCUCCAGCCGGGCAUGGCCUGAGGACCAUGUGUUCAUUUCCACGCCCAGCUUCAACUACACAGGCCGUGACUUCCAGCGCUUCUUUACAGACUUGCACUUUGAGGAAGGCUGGUACAUGUGGCUACAGUCACGUGACCUGCUGGCAGGACUCCCAGCACCUGGUGUGGAAGUAUACUGUCUGUAUGGUGUGGGCCUCCCCACGCCACGCACCUACAUCUUUGACCACGGCUUCCCCUACACAGACCCCGUGGGUGUGCUCUAUGAGGACGGUGAUGACACUGUGGCCACGCGCAGCACUGAGCUUUGUGCCCGCUGGCAGGGCCGCCAGCCACAGCCUGUGCACCUGCUGCCUCUGCACGGGAUACAGCACCUCAAUAUGGUCUUCAGCAACCAGACACUAGAGCACAUUAAUGCCAUCCUGCUGGGUAACUACCGACAUAGCACCCCUGCAUCCCCAGCUGCCAGCCCAGGGCCCCUGCCCCCUGAAUAAAGACCUUCUUUUGCUGCUGUAAGCUCUGACAUGUGUGUUGUGGGUUGAGGGGGAGGCACUAUGGUCCACACACCAGGGUUUGUUCAUCAGCAGCCGCAGGCCUAGUGCUUUGUGGAACAUAGGGCAAGAUGGGCUUUGCUAAAGCCUGGGAUUGAACUGAGCACCCUGUGAUGUACAGCUUCCCACUCCCCUGGUUGAGCUGUUUGGGCAGCCUGCCUUGUGCCUGCCUCUGCUCUGGGCGUGGGGACUGGAGGCAGCUGCGCACACAGCUGUGGGAUGGGGGCACAUGGAGCCAAGCGUGCAGGGCAGGGAACAUCUGAGCUGUGCCUCUCAGCUUCCAAAAGGGCAGGUGAGACGCCCCCCCCACUCUAGACAGGGCCUUUUGAGUGAGUGCUAGGUGGGUGACAGAAGCACAAGAGUUUAGAAUCUGGGGGAGUGACAGCCACUAAUCAGAUCAUUUCACUAAUGAAGGUUUAAUUAUUAACAGAGCUAACUGGUCUGAGAGAAAAGUUUAAGGAGCAACAAGGGGCUGAGUCUUGUGGGUCAGGGAAGGCUUCUCAGAGGAGGUGGUACCUAUGCUGAGAUCAGAUGGGAUGAGAAGGGUAACACGGGCCACCAUAAAGACUUGGGUUUGAGCCUGAGAGUAAUGUGCAGCUGCUGAAGGGUUUAAUCAGGGAAAGAGUGUGACCAGGUUUUCAAUCUAGAAAAAGCCCCCUCUCUGCAGGGUAGAGUGUAGCCUGGGGUGG